CGAAAAUCCCUUUCUUUCUUUCUAUUUUUUCUUCUUGUGCAUGGAUUUCACAAUAUGUUUUCUCUCUUUGUUCUUCAGCUGCUGCACUGGAUCCUCUUUCUGCACCGCGUCCUCUUUCAAAGUUUUUAUUUUUUAUUUUUUAUUUUUCAAACAUAUUAUAUUUAUAUUCUACUCUUCACUUUUCGCUUUUAUCAUCAAGAAAAUACAUACGGCCACGAAAAAAGCUCAAAUUCAAACAUAAAAUUCACGCUGCUUUCAUAUUUUCAUAUUUGCAAUCAGGCUUCGGUACAUUAUAAUGGAGGAUAGCGGUUACGACAACAAGCUCCGAUCACCGUUACGACCAUGGGCCACAGCAACAUCACCGUCCCUAGGGCACAGCCCACGGCCGCCCAAGUCCGCACACACACUGCGAACAAUGAUACUCCCAAUACAACAUAGCCGCAGCAAUAGCACCGGCUACACCCACACCCCCUCUCCCGCACACACCCACCCGCGCACACCAAUGACCGCACAGCCAGCGAGUUUUUCUCUCGCAGCGCUGCUCGAAAACAAACCGCCAUUGCGCGCUGACACGCAGCAGCAGGGGCGCGAGGCGGCGGCAGAGGACAAGUGGCGACGACUGGGCGCGCGCAUCUUGCCCUUGUUCAACGGCGAGCGCAUGCAGGGGUCGGUGGAGGAGGCCAAUGAGAUGGUCCGCGGGUGCUUGAGGUCUGAAGGGCCGGAUGCCUGGGAGGAGGUCCGCAAUAUUGUCUCCAUCGGCAUGGCGUCCGUCGUUAGAUCGCUGUACAGGCAUAUGGACGUGGCGCCGAGGUUCUUUUCGCAGGGGCGGAGGCCCAGCACGAUGGUGUCGAUGGCCGGGAUUAUCGAGGAGGAGGAAUCUUCGGGGGAGAGGCUGAUUGAGGCCCUGGCGGCUGUCUGGGAGGCUGUGUUUGCCCAUGUGGUGCCGUAUUUGGAAGCAGUGUUUUUGCCGCUUAGGAGCCAGUUUCGGGAGUGCGUUGUUAAGCCGCUGGUCCCGCGCUUGGCGGAUGUAGCUCGGGCUCAGCAGGGGCUGGUCAAUGGCGGGUUGGCGCAGGUUGUGCAGAUGAUGGCUAUGCUGGCUUCUUUGACCCCUAAGGAGCGUGGGCCGGUGUAUGACGCUGCCAGGGCAUUGGCUGUGGCUCUGCAGGCAUAGAGCCCCAUCCCUUCCUGUUUGGUCUAGUUAUUAUUUUAUCCCUUUAACUUAUUAUUGUAUUUUUGUAAGCAUCAUCAAUUCCAUACAUGGCAGGUGAAUGAAUGAACACACGAGCGGGUAUGUGUCUGCAUGCGUGUGUGGUGA